AUGAAUUUAAAUGGAAACCUUCGUAAAGAACAAUGCCAACCAGCUUUGCUUAUAAUACAAAAUGUAGGAAACGUUACUCCAAAGCAAAAUACACCUCAAACUGAAAACUUAUCAAAGCCAGAAAUAAAAAACAAUAAAAAAAUUAGAUCAAAGCAUAUACCUAAAAACAAUAAAGAAUGGUAUGAUUUAAUGGAAAUAGAUAACGAAAAAGAUAGCGAACCAAGUGAUUCAGAAUAUGAUAUUGCUGAAGAAGAACCAGAUAUUCAUUUCGAAAAAAUCAAGAAUCCAUACAAUAAUAGAAUAGCAGAAGCCAAAAAAUUUAAUGAAGGUGAGGUAUGUAAUUAUUAUGCAUUUGUACCAAAAGGAUACUAUACCGAGGGCGAGCCAUUAGCUUUCUUCGAAUCAAUCGAAAAAAAAAUUGCAGAUAUUUAUAAAAAAGAGUUAGCUUUAAAAGAAGACGAAGCAUUGCAAGAAUCAGGAUGGUCUUUUGUUCGAGCAGAAGAAGUAUUUUUAGAGAUAAGCGCAUUCAGACCUUUGCGUAGUAGUAGCUAUUUAUAUUUACCAGAAGCUUUGAAUAAACCUCAACUAGGAUUAAUUAAUCCUCAAAAUAGAGAUGAUAAUGAAUGUUUCAAAUGGUGUAUAAGUGCAUAUCAUACAAGAGAAGAAGCAAUAAAAAAUAAUAGAAAGCCACCACAUUUUAAUGAAAUCCGUAGACUUAGACGAAAUGCAAAUAUAGCAAAUUAUGAAGGUAUAAAAUUUCCAGCAACAUUACACGAUAUUGAUAAAUUCGAGGAGAUUAAUCAAAAUUAUGCUAUCAAUAUAUUUAGACCAGUUUUUAGUAAAGCUUUUGGAAAAAUAAAAGUAGAUAUAGACCUAUUAUAUAUUUCAGAACGAAAUUACCAAGUAGAACAUAUGAUAGAUUUAUUAUAUUUAACAGAAGGUGAGGAGAAUUUAAAUGAUCGAAAAAAUCCUAACGAUAUACCAGAAGGACUUAAAACAUAUUAUGUUCUUAUAACAGAUUUCACACGAUUAAUGCAUAAAUGGAAUAAUUAUUAUGAUAAGAAAUACUUUUGUCGAAAAUGUUUACGAUUCCCAUAUAGCAGAUUAGAUUUAUUAAAGAAGCAUAUUCCAGCAUGUCCAGGACCAAAUAAAGCACCACAACGAUUAAUUCUUCCUGAAGAGGAAGUAGAAGAAGUCGAAGUGGAAGAAAAAGAUAAAGAAGGAAAUACUAUAAAAAUAGCGGAACAAAAAGCAGUUUCAUAUGGAUAUACAAUACAUUGUUCAGAUGGAACUACACAAAAACUACAAAUAAGUGUUGAAACUGUGAAGAAAAUAUCAUGGAAAAAAAACAAUGAUUUAAGAAGUGGUUAUGAUUUCCAUCAUCUUAUACAAGAAAUAGCAAAAGUGACGGAUGAAAAAAUAGUGCCGAUAGCAAAUAAUUCAGAACAAUAUAUUACUUUCUUGGUUGGUCAACUUCAAUUUAUUGAUAGUUUGAAAUUUUUAUUACCCGGUUUAGCUAAGAUGGCAGAAAACUUACGUGAUGAAAAGAAGGGCCAAACUAAAACACCAGAACAGCUAGCAAAAUGUUUUCCUAUUAUCAAAAAGAAAUUUAAUGAGACUAAACUUCCACUAUGUAAAGAAUUUAAUAGUGAUUUAGACGGGUUUAAUUACUGUGAUCAUAAUUGUAGAAUAGAAAAAUAUGAAUAUAGAAAAAAGAUAGGUAAAUGUGAACAUAAAUGUCAGAAAUGUAAGCAUAAAAAAGAACCAGCUAGAAGAUGUAUAGCUCGAGCAAAUAUUCCAGGAUUAGAAGGAUUUAAAUGGCUAUCAACAAACCCUUUGGAUGCAUCUCACUCUUUAGUGCAGAAAAUUUUAACGAUAAAAGAAAAAUCAAAUCGAGGAUGUUGCUUAGAGGUUAAAUUAUCAAUUCCAAAAGAAUUAUAUUCCAAAUUUCGAGACUAUCCAAUGUGUCCAGAACGAAAGAAUGUACUAUAUGAUUGGUAUAGUUCAAAACAAAAAGAAUAG